GUUGACACCGUGGAUCCCCGCCAGGUCCGGGACCUACCGUUGAGUAAAUCCUGUCCUGGGUGCGGCGGCUCACUGGCUUCAUGGGGUCGCAGCCACCGCCGGGGUCUCCGCUGUCUCGCGAGGAGGGUGAAGCUCACUCACCUUAUCCAGCGCCGGAGGGGAGGCGGAGAAGUCGCAGGGUACGCCUUCGCGGAUCGUGCCGUCACCGACCUACAUUACUGGGCCGGCAGGAGCUGGCCACAAACCCCCUGACGGGGCCUGCGCCAGCAUCCUCUGAGAUAAUGGCGUCAUCUGCUAAGGACUUUAAAAUGGACAACUUUUCACCUAAAGCUGGCACUAGCAAAUUGCAACAGACUGUGCCAGCUGAUGCAUCUCCUGAUUCUAAGUGUCCUAUAUGCUUGGAUAGAUUUGAUAAUGUGUCUUACUUAGAUCGUUGCCUACAUAAGUUCUGUUUUCGUUGUGUCCAAGAAUGGUCAAAAAACAAAGCUGAAUGUCCACUAUGUAAACAACCCUUUGAUUCCAUUUUCCAUUCUGUGAGAGCAGAAGAUGACUUCAAGGAAUAUGUCCUAAGACCUUUAUAUAAUUUUACCGCCUCUGAUGUUCGACGAUUUCGCUACCGUACAACUAUGACAAGGGACCGCAAUACUUCUGUUUAUUCACCUAGUCGUACUAUGAACAGAAGAGCAGCAACUCCACCAGAUAGUGGAGUACUGUUUGAAGGGUUAGGCCUUUCAUCGAGAACUAGAGAUGGUGAAAUUCCUCAACUUAUGAGACAGAUUGCAGUAAGGAGGCCAGCUGCUACAGAUGAAAGAUCUUUACGGAAGAUUCAGGAGCAGGAUAUUAUUAAUUUUAGACGCACUCUUUAUCGUGCUGGUGCUCGUGUUAGAAAUAUUGAAGACGGUGGUCGCUACAGGGAUAUUUCAGCUGAGUUUUUCCGUAGAAAUCCAGCUUGCCUUCACAGAUUAGUCCCCUGGUUAAAACGUGAACUUACAGUUCUUUUUGGAGCUCAUGGCUCUUUAGUGAAUAUUGUCCAGCACAUUAUUAUGAGUAAUGUUACUCGCUAUGACUUGGAAAGUCAGGCCUUUGUGUCUGAUUUAAGACCAUUUUUACUUAAUCGGACUGAGCAUUUCAUACAUGAAUUUAUCAGUUUUGCAAGGUCUCCUUUUAAUAUGGCCGCCUUUGACCAACAUGCUAAUUAUGAUUGUCCUGCUCCUUCAUAUGAAGAGGGCAGCCAUUCUGACUCUUCAGUCAUAACUAUAUCUCCAGAUGAGACUGAAACCCAAGAACUUGAUAUUAAUGUAGCCACUGUUAGUCAGGCACCAUGGGAUGAUGAAACUCCAGGACCAUCAUAUUCAAGCUCAGAGCAGGUACAUGCUGCCAUGUCUUCCCUUUUAAAUACUUCUGACAGUUCAGAUGAAGAGCUUGUAACAGGAGGAACCUCAUCACAGAUACAAGGGGCACAAACCAAUGAGGACUUAAAUAAUGACAGUGAUGAUUCUUCUGAUAAUUGUGUCAUUGUUGGCUUUGUUAAGCCACUAGCUGAGAGGACCCCAGAACUUGUUGAACUGACUUCUGAUUCUGAGGAGUUUGGCUCAUAUGAGAAAAUGGAGACAGUUAAAACCCAAGAACAAGAGCAUUCUUACAGUUCUGGUGAUAGUGAUGUUAGUAGAUGUUCGUCUCCACACUCAGUCCUUGGGAAGGAUGAGCCCAUACAUAAACGGCGUUGUGAUUCUGGCACCAGAAUCAGAUCAAAGAAAGAAGAGAAGCGGUCCACGUCAUCAUCUCCCAGAGACCUGAGCUCAUCUAUGAGAGGAGACAGAGUGGAUUCCCCACAUAACCAUAAACACAGAAAGAGGGGGCGAUCAAGAAGUUCAGAUUCAUGUUCCCAGAGUAGAAGUGGGCAUGAUCAGAAGACUCGUAGAAAGCAUCAUGGUAAGAAGAGAAUGAAAAGCAAGCAGUCCCGAAGCAGAGAGAGUAGCAGACCCAGAGGUAGACGAGACAGAAAGAGAUCGAGAACCAGAGACAGCAGUUGGUCAAGAAGAAGCCAAACUCUGUCUCUUAGUAGUGAAAGCACAAGCAGGUCAAGAUCUCGUAGCAGUGAUCAUGGUAAAAGGAGAUCACGGAGCAGAAACAGAGAUCGCUAUUAUUUAAGGAAUAAUUAUGGAAGCAGAUAUAAAUGGGAAUAUACUUACUAUAGUAGAAACAAAGACAGGGAUGGUUAUGAAUCAUCUUACAGGAGGAGGACUCUGUCCAGAGCUCAUUAUUCUAGACAAUCUUCAAGUCCAGAAUUUAGAAUGCAGUCCUUUUCUGAAAGGACAAAUGGUAGGAAAAAAAACAACCACAGUGAAAGGAAAUACUACUACUAUGAAAGGCAUCGAUCAAGAAGCCUGUCCAGUAAUCGAUCAAGGACUGCGUCAACAGGAACAGAUCGCAUUAGGAGUGAAAAGCCUGGAGGGAAACGGAAAUACAAAACACGGCAUUUGGAGGGUACUAAUGAAAUGGCUCAACCAUCCCGUGAAUUUGCUUCUAAAGUAAAGGACAGUCAUUACCAAAAAUCUUCAUCAAAAUUAGAUGGAAACUAUAAAAAUGAGAGUGACAGCUUUUCAGACUGUCGAUCAUCAGACAGAGAGACAAAACACAAAAGAAGAAAAAGGAGGACCCGGAGCCUAAGUGUAGAGAUAGUGUAUGAAGGGAAAGUGUCUGAUACUACCAGGCAUCACAGAAAGAAAAAGAAGAAACACAAGAAGAAGCAUAAGAAACACCAUGGAGAUAACGCACCACGUUCACCAGUUAUAAUUACCAUUGACAGUGAUAGUGAUAAAAAUUCUAGGGUGAAGGAAGAUCCAGAAUAUGACAACAGUGCUUCUCAGAACCCUGUACAGAGUGAAUUUUUGGCUCCUUCCUUGGACCCAUUUGAAACUAAAGAUGUAGUUACAAUAGAAGAUGAGUUUGGUUCCCUGGACAAAGAAUGUGACAUUACCACACUCACUAAGAACUUGGAUAAUGCCAACAAAAGUGUAAAUAAUAUUCUGCCCCAGGCAUCUUCGGCUGAACAAACACUGACCACUUUUGCCUCUGACUUGGAAAACCAGCCCAUUAAUAUCUCUGUUCAGACUGAGCCAUCAAGGCAAUUGCCAUCUCCACGGACAUCAUUAAUGUCAGUGUCUCUUGGUAGAGACCUUGCUAUGUCUUAAAGCUGCCAAAGCAUCUCAUUGAGAAUCCUGAUGGUAUAUGAAGAAACACUGUCAUCUACUGCAGUCUAUUAAAAGAUGACUCCUGAUAUGAACUUUUAUUUCUUAAACUCUUGUGUUUUUUGUUUUAAAAAUUUGUAAUAAAGCAUUUUAUUUGUUUGAAAGGUAUGUAAGUCCCAACCUCAGAUAUGCACUUUUAAGUGAAGAAAAUGAUACUGCUAGCCGUUUAUUUAAAAGUUGGGCACCUUUUUAAAUAAUAAAAAAAAACAAAAAAAUGUAAAUUUUUGAAGUUCUUUCAUAAAGCCAUAUGGUAUUGACAUAUUUUUUAAGUAGUCAAUAAGUAUUUUUGAAUUUUUUUUUUUUCCUGAGAGUUAUUCUGGAAAUGUGUUAUAAGCUAGGGGAAUGACUCCCUCUGGACAGUCUUUAUUUUUCUCAUUAAAGAAAAAUUUGUAUGGGAACAAAACCAUAAAGGUUAAAUUGAGGUAUUUUAAUCAGCACAGUUGACCUUGACAUCUGCCAAAAGAAAAACAUUUCCUUUAUAUACUUGUUUAUCUGGACUGCCGGUAAAACACGUGUAUUCAGCUACAGAAAGAAUAAAUAAAAUAGCAACACUUUAAAAAUAUAAAGAUUUUUCUAUGUAGUUCUCCUUUUGUUUGUUUUGAAAAUACUUUAGUGGAGCCAUAACCUUAAUAAAGAUAAAUUUUUUUUAAAAUCUACAUCAGUAUUUCAUAAUUCUCUCUUAAGUACUGAAUUUCAGAUGAUGAUCAUUUAACCACACAGUUUUAAUAAUUGUUCUUUAGUUCGAUAAUGAGUAGUAGUUUGUUUUCCAUCAGC